CGUCACUCAUUGCUUCAAGCCACACCCCCCAAACGGGAGCAAAUGUACCCCAAAGUCUGUUCAAGUAAGUUUUGGAGAAACGCAUUCUUCAGUACAAACCGUUCCACAACGUAGCAAACGUUCAAGCAAACUGAGCGCACCUCUGGUUUGUUAGGCGUGUCUGAUUGUGUGUGGAUGCGUUGGUCUUUUCUCACUCUGAUCUGCUCUCAUCUGCUGUGGAUAAAACACCGCCUUAGGAAUGCCCAGUGCCCAUUUCACCCUGAAUGACCCUGCAACUGCCCAGUAGUGUGUUUUUCUGUCUUUGUCCACGUGUGUGUGCUUCUUUAACUGAGUCUCAUUGUUUCUGCUCUAUAGCGCAGGGAACUGUGUGUGUGUGAGCAUGUGUGUCAUUAGCGCUGAGACUGAUUAGUCAGACUGCAGGUAGGCAACCCGAUCUGUUCUGUCAGAUGACAAGCAGAUUACAACAACGAUACAAUACUGAGCAGCACAGUAGCUAUAACAUUGUCCUCAGACCAUACCUAGUGCUAUACCCCAGCCCACAUGAUCCUAAACCCUUUAUACCCCAGCCCACAUGAUCCUAAACCCCUUUAUACCCCAGCCCACAUGAUCCUAAACCCCUUAUACCCCAGCCCACAUGAUCCUAAACCCUUUAUACCCCAGCCCACAUGAUCCUAAACCCCUUUAUACCCCAGCCCACAUGAUCCUAAACCCUUUAUACCCCAGCCCACAUGAUCCUAAACCCCUUUAUACCCCAGCCCACAUGAUCCUAAACCCCUUUAUACCCCAGCCCACAUGAUCCUAAACCCCUUAUACCCCAGCCCACAUGAUCCUAAACCCCUUUAUACCCCAGCCCACAUGAUCCUAAACCCCUUUAUACCCCAGCCCUCAUGAUCCUAAACCCCUUAUACCCCAGCCCACAUGAUCCUAAACCCUUUAUACCCCAGCCCACAUGAUCCUAAACCCCUUUAUAACCCAGCCCUCAACAGUCAACACCACAAAAAUAACCUGGAGAAGAGAGAGGAGGGUCAUUAAAUAUUAUCUCCACCUUAAACUCCUCUCCUCCAUCAUCUCUCUGUUCCUCAGGGGUCUUAGAUCUCUCCUUUCUGCUGACACUAAAUCCACUGCUGGGAUCCCCUGGAUCCAGGCCUAUCCAGGGCUGUUGAUCAGAUGAGACACACCUGGCUCAUUCCCAGGUCUCCUACGGGAUCAGCACAACAGCACCAGGACAGCUAGACAGACACACACCCAGGUCUCCUACGGGAUCAGCACAACAGCACCAGGACAGCUAGACAGACACACACCCAGGCUAGCUCCUUGGUGAUGAAUAAUAGACUUGUCUCUGAUCACAUGGACUGGCUACUGAAUAAUUGACCCCCUUCUCUCCCUGCGACCUCCUCUUUCGCCUCCUCCCAGUCCGGCCUUGGCUGCUCUCUCUUUCUCUGCAGUAGACAUGGAACCAAGUUAAAGCUCCUAUAUCUGCCGAUUCUCCUGGGGAAAGCACGAAACAGACCUCAGAGCAAACUUCAACUCCAGAACAGUGUGGACUGAAGCUGGCAUGGAUACCCUCUGACAGAGAGAGAGAGAGAGAGAGCGCCAAAUGAGAGGGAAAGAAUGAUCAAGUAAUAGAUGAAUAAAUAGGAAAGGAGGAAACACAAACACACACACACACACACACACCCAUCCCCUGUUCCCACAGCUAUGGCAGAAUGGCUGAGGCGUGUGUCCUGGAGCGAUGCGUGGUACAACCUGUACUCCCGCCUGCUCAGGACCAAACCUGUGGGCAGGAUGGGGCAGGGGUCCGAGGUCAGCGAUGAUAUCACAGAGGUAGGGGGGCUGGCUAGGGUCCUGACGACAGCUGACCUGGUGUCGCUAGGGGUGGGGAGCUGUGUUGGCACGGGGAUGUACGUGGUUGCCGGGCUGGUUGCUAAGGAGAUGGCGGGGCCGGGAGUGAUCCUGUCUUUCAUCAUCGCUGCUGUGGCUUCUAUACUGUCAGGUGUGUGUUAUGCAGAGUUUGGCGUGCGUGUCCCUAAGACAACAGGGUCAGCCUACACCUACAGCUAUGUCACAGUGGGGGAGUGUACGGCCUUUUUCAUUGGCUGGAAUCUGAUCCUGGAGUACCUGAUUGGUACAGCAGCUGGGGCGUCGGCUCUCAGCAGCAUGUUUGACUCACUGGCCAAUCACAGCAUCUCCAGCUACAUGAUAACACACCUGGGGACACUCAGAGGCCUGGGUAAAGGGGAGGAGUCGUACCCUGAUGUCCUGGCCAUGGCCAUAUCGCUGGUUGUCACGGUGAUUGUGUCGUUAGGGGUUCGUAACUCGGUAGGGUUGAAUAACGUUCUGAACAUGGUCAACCUGGUAGUGUGGUGCUUCCUGGUCAUCGCUGGACUCUUCUUCCUCUCUGCUGACAACUGGGAGGCGGGAAACUUCCUGCCCUACGGAUGGUCCGGGGUGAUGAAGGGAGCAGCCACCUGUUUCUAUGCCUUCAUAGGGUUUGACAUCAUCGCUACGACAGGAGAAGAAGCCAAGAGUCCCAACACCUCUAUACCCUAUGCUAUUACUGCUAGUCUGAUAACCUGCCUGACUGCAUACGUCUCUGUGUCUGUGAUUCUGACUCUGAUGGUUCCUUAUGACCUGAUCGAUGGUUCAGCUCCUCUGAUGGAGAUGUUUGCAGUGCAUGGGUUCCUGCCGGGGAAAUACAUAGUGGCUGUAGGGUCCAUAGCUGGCCUCACUGUUAGUCUACUGGGCUCCUUGUUCCCCAUGCCCAGGGUCAUAUACGCUAUGGCUAGAGAUGGACUGCUCUUCAGGUUCCUGGCCAACGUCUCUCCGUACACUCACACUCCAGCAGUAGCGUGUUUGGUGUCUGGCUGUCUGGCUGCUCUCAUGUCUCUCCUUGUCUCCCUUCAAGAUCUCAUAGAGAUGAUGUCUAUAGGAACACUACUGGCUUACACCCUGGUCAGUGUGUGUGUCCUGCUGCUCCGCUACCAGCCCGACACAGACACACACAACUUCCUGCCUGGGGAGGAAGAGGAGGGGCCUAAGAAGAAAGAGGGCGUGAUGGUGGAAUGCGAUGAAGGAACUCUGCCCACCAACGACGACCAGAUGUUGAUUGGAGGAUCAGACCCUGACAGCUCCAGCUACCAAUCGAGUGGUGUUGCAGGUGAACCUGGCGAUUCUGGCAGCUUCCACACCGGCCCCUCCUCGCUGUUGAAGAGGGUUCUAGGUAGUCGUUACUCCACCCUGCGUGUCCGCCUGGGGAUCCCUGAUGCCUCGGCCCGUCCCACCCCGUCCUCUGGUCGCAUGGUGACACGCUGCACCCUCCUCCUCUUCCUCCUCUCCUUCCUACUCUGGGCCACUGUCAUCUUCGGCGUGGAACGAGGGACCGGAGCAGGCUCCGCCGUUUCAGGGAUCAUAGCGACACUAUUGGCGGGCAAAAUAGCAACCAUACUGAUGGUGAUCGUGCGCCAGCCGGAGAGUGGGCGGAGCCUGCCCUACAUGGCGCCGUGCGUGCCGUUUGUCCCCGCGGUGGCCAUCUUGGUGAACUCCUACCUGAUGCUGAAACUGUCACCGCUCACCUGGGCACGCUUCGCUGUCUGGUGCACUCUGGGUAUACUGAUUUACGGUUGCUAUGGGAUAUGGAACAGCUCUUUGGAGAUCAGUACCAGAGAGGAACAGGCUCACGCCAGCACCUACCAGCGCUAUGACGAUCACCUCGACGACACCUUCUCCCCAGACAAUGACCUUGACCCCCAGGACAACCAGGAAGAGGGGCGCUACCAGGGCUGGUCAGCGGAGAAGGGCUACCACUACCAACAGCAAAACCAGGAUCAGAACCAUGAUCAGGAGGGUGACCAGUACCAAAACCAGUUUCAAGAUGGGAACCAAGAUGGCAACCAGUACCAGGAUGGAAACCAGUAUGAGGAUGGCUCCCAGUACCAGAACCAGUCGGGUUACCAGUCCGGCCCUCAGGGCUCCUCUAGGGGAUCCAGGGGACGAACCAAUCAGGGCUACACAGAUCCACAAGAACCCGAGGGCUCCUCUUAUGAGUGACAGCUGCAGCGGAACACACCUACUUCCUGUUUCUCUGGCACUAGAGGAGAGGAAGGGCAGAGGGCUGCUGAAUUCCUCAUCAACCCCAAGCCCCACCCCCUACACCAUAGGCACUUGAGUAGACCUGAGAGGACAGGACAUGUGAGCUAUAUGGCAACGAUUCCACCUGGUCUAUCAAAGGGCAAAAUAUUAAUACUUAUCCAAUCCUCUUAGAUCUACACUAGUGCCUAGAGGGUGGAUUUCAGGGGAAGCGAGAGAGGGAAGAGAGGAAGAUGGAGACCCCUUUAUCCUGCUGGGGAUGGAGAGAUGAAACGAUAAACUAAUGAACGAGUGAGUGAGUGAAUGAAUGAACUUUAUUGACUUUUACAGAGAUUACUCUUACAUAUUGAGUUUUCUGGUUGGAAAGAGUCACUAUCACAAAAAUACAGAUUAGUUUAUUUAACACUGCAUUAUAAACAUACAUACAACAUGCUGUGUAUAACAUCUAUCUAUCUAUCAAUCAAUCAAUCGGACAAUAAAUCAAUUAUACUGGCGCAAACGUUCUCUUAUACUAUCUAAUAUUCGGACUCCUCUGGUGUGACAUUGUACCUGGAUGAGUUGGUUGGAAAAUAUUUAAGCUAAUUUUGUUUUAAGAGUGUGAUCAUUCAAAAAGGAAAGUAUUUAUUGUUGAAUCAGAGUGUGUAAAUGUGUGCAGAGAGAGUGAUCUGUGUUUUG